AUGCCGCUGCCCGUCAAGCCACCCCGCGGGAUGGACCACGCCGACUGUGUCUACCUGUCGAGUACACUAUUCGCACACUUUCGCGAGGUGUUCAAAACCCAGGCCGACAUAGACCGCUUGCGCGCGUCGUCCAGCCUCUGGUCCCCUGCCACCCCGCACUGGGCCACGGUCGAGCACUUCCGACGCGGCGUGUAUGCAAACUGGGGCAUCGCCGCCGAGGCCUUGGCGUUGCUACUCUAUCAUUUCGCCUUCGACAAGCACAUGAGUGGGAAGGAGGUCGAGAAGUACCGCGACGCCGUGAAAUAUACGCACAGCUGGCUCAACGACGACAACUUCCAAGAUAGCAACGAGAUCUGGCACCAGUCUGCAGACGACGACUGGGAAGGCAACCCCGCAACCGCCAUCGUCGUCACCCGCGCCGUUCAACUCGCCUACGACCUGGAAAAGAGUCGACACGAUAGCAAGCCUGCGCCCGCGGCUACGUAA